GGCAUUUGGCAAACAACCAGUUUGUCGAAAGUCACGGCGAAGCGAAGCGUAUCAGAGACGUCCCAUAAAGUGUCUAACUAGCCUUGCUGGCCCUGUAGGUACACACGAAUAUCCUGCCAGUGCUUUCACGGCUUGCCGCACAUCACGCCGGGUGUGAAGCAUCGUAACGGCCUGAUCCCGCUUGAUUUGCCGGAGUCCCCCAAGCCCCCUCACACUGUCCAUAUCCCUUCUUCACUCGACGAUAGCGCUCUUCUCCUAGUCAACAUCGCCGCGCGUUUUGUUAGUGGAUUUCCAAUUCACGCCGCCAGCAGCAACCACUACCCAUCCUGUGGCACAGAAAUGGCGCUGCUACACGGGUGCGACUGUGCGGGCUUGCGUCAGGGAAAGUCGCGAACAAGCGUUUGUGGACGCCAGCGACACGAGCAGCGCCAACAACGCGAGCGGGGCCAGCUCUCCGCAGCGUUUCCUGCUGCGCUCCUCAUCUUCCUCAUCUUCGAAUCCUUCGCGCGUGCUGCUCUAGGCGCCAUUCCCAAAACGCAUGCGGCGUGUCAGUUCGAUUCGCGCACCAAGAGAUUUAAUCGAGUCGAGCGAUUCAGUACUGCUAAGGUGCUGAAGCGCGCCGAUGCAUGGGCGCCGAGUCGCGGCGGGACGACGGUGACGGGCGACUGUCGCUACACGCUGGACGACAGAUGCAAGAUAGUCAAGGGGCCUGCCGGCUGCCGCUCCAGCCAGACCUGUCUCUGGUACGGUGGCUCCGUGCCUCUCGACUCCGAAGCCGCCGCAAAGCGCGCCAAGGGCGGCGGCGAGGUGGCAGCGCCGCUUCUCCCGCCGGAAUGCAUGGACCGCGCUCGAGCGAGCGGCAAGGACGAGUUAUCCGCCAUGGCGUACUGCUAUUUCCAGCCCGCGACUUGCGCUGACGUGUUUUCCCCCGCGGACCGCGGCGCGAAGGGCGACGGCAAGGCCGACGACUCCUCCGCGUUUCUCGCCGCGUUCAACGCCGCGUGCGGCGCGGCAAAGAAGAUGAACAAGCGCACCGUCGUGCGAAUCCCGAACGGGAAGACCCUGCUCCUUAACUACGUCACCAUGAAAGGCCCGUGCGGCCCGGGAGUGACUAUUAAACUGGACGGGAAAAUCGUCGCGCCGGAAAACCCCCCGUCGUCUAGGUCCUGGCCGAGCGCGUUCAGCGGAGCGGUGAUGCAGGCGAGGGAGGCGCACGGGCUGUGGAUAGUGGGAGACGGGGAGAUGGACGGGAGAGGCGACCGCAAGUGGUGGCCCAUGUAUCACCAAAACCAGCUCCCGAGGGAGUUGAAGCGGCCGAUUCUCCUCGAUAUCUACGCCAGCUACAGCGUGACGCUGGCGGGCUUCAAGAACAGGAACCCAGCCGGUAUGCAUUUGAACAUAUAUCGGAGCGGUUUCGUGCGCGUGUCGAAUGUUUCCGUUGAGUCGCCUGCGGACAGUCCCAACACCGAUGGCAUCCAUAUAGGCUCGUCCACCGAUGUUACAGUGGAGUUCAGCAACAUACACACGGGCGACGACAACAUCUCCAUAGAGGAGGGGGCACAUCGAGUCACCAUCGCCAAUAUCUGGGGAACGGCUGGCCAUGGGAUCAGCAUUGGCAGCCUUGGAGCCCGUGGCACAGUGGCAUGUGUUUCAGAUGUGACUGUGCGCAACGUGGUUCUAACGGACACUGACAAUGGGCUCCGCAUCAAGACUUAUCAAGGCGGCCGAGGGCUGGUGAAAAACAUCCAGUUUAAGAACGUGUUGAUGAAGAAUAUCAAGCUUCCCAUAGUGAUUGAUCAGAACUACUGUGAUCGCUCCACCCCUGGAGUAGUGUGUGAGAAGCAGACCGACAAUGUUGCCGUUCAGGGAGUGAGCUUCAGCAACAUUGAAGCCACCACAACGUUUAAGCGGGGACUGCUGCUCAACUGCAGCUACUCCGUGCCAUGCCGCGACAUCCACCUCUCCAAUGUGCGCGUGACGCCGGCUUCUAAGAGCGUGCAGAUAUCCCCAGUGAUUCGUAACGUGUACGGGAAGUUUGACAGCAAAACCAGGCCAGUUCCCACGUCUCAGUUCCGCACUUCUGGCUUCAGCCUGAUGGCGUAUCCUCGAGUAAAUCAGAUGGCAUCCCUCUGCUCGUCAUCAUCAAAGGGUGGCAUGUGACAGAAGCGAAGGAGCAGGCAAUGACAGGGAAGGCUUCCAGGUGAUGUCUGGUAGGUACGGGGUACCUAAGAUCACUAGGUGCUAAGCUCCUCACUUAGCAAAGUAUAGGAUGGCAGCUGUUAGUCUUGCAAUCACCAGCUGCCAUUAUGAAGUUAGGUGGGUGUCAUGCUGCUUCUUUGAUAGUUGCUACUGUUAACAUAUAUUUGUAUAUGUUAUAGCCUAGAUAGGUGCAUGCUCAUAAAGAGUACAACGCACAACCUUAUAUUCCCUUGUAUGCCUUGUUU